ACAUUUAAAUUUUUUUUCUUUCUUUUAGACACCUUUUGCAAUAUUUGGCGUACAUAAACCUUUGUAUGCUAAUUCUAGUAUAUUGAUAUCAUUAAAUUGUGAAUCUCAUGAUGCUCAGAAAAUUGAACUGCAGUGGGUGCUAAGACAAACAUCAUGUUUUGAAGAUUAUCUUGCUUCUGAUAUUUACAAUCCUCAGGUGCUGAAUCAGUAUUUUGUUUGUCCUAUGAGCACAAAUUAUUUUCCAAAAAUCCGAUUCUAUGUCUCUAAACCUGUUCGUCUAGAUUGUUCUAAUCGAAUUCAUCUAGAGUAUAUAAAUGCUUCUUUUGUGACUUUCUCAGAAAAACUUGAUAUCCCACCUGAAUGUGAGAAUAGUGUAAAUAUUUUUACCACUAACCCUACUGUGAAUGGAAACAUGGAUAACGCAUCUCAUGCACUUUCUCAGGAACAUCAUUUUGUCAAGACUGAUAGUUUUCAUUCAGAUGACCAGAAAAAUGAAAAUAGCACUAAUGGGAACAUGAAAAAAACUUCCAAUUAUGAUGUUUCAAAUCAUAUUUCAUCUAUCAAGAAACGGGCUUCACAAGUUGAGAGCAAUUCAGACAGUCAAUUAAUUAAGCAACCUGGAAUAAAGAGUGCUCAAGCGAAUUCUAUCCAUCUUCAGAAUAACACUGAACCAUUUUCUAAUAAAAAUUCAUACCCAUAUGGCUACAUUUCUGGUCCAUUUUCUUCAACAACUAAUGUUAAGUUUGGAUCAAAAUUGACUUCUGUUGAUAGUGAUGGAAUAUAUUUAUUCAUAUUGAAAGUGAAAAGUGUUGAUCAGAAGAAUUUUAAUAUGUCAGUGGAUGUCGCUAUGAAAGGUGAACAUGGCUAUCUCUCUGCUGUUGAUUUCCCUUUGCUUUUGUUUUAUGGUAUAAUGUGUGGCUUGUAUGUCAUAUACGCUAUUGCAUGGCUGAUUUUAUCUGCACUACAGUGGCGAGACUUACUUCGUAUUCAAUUUUGGAUUGGAGCUGUAAUACUUCUGGGUAAGUCUGAAAUGUUAUCCUUU